AAGACUAAAAAUCCUAAUUGGGUUUCACGCCUGCCACUUUCCGCCGCUAAAUCGAAGGGAAGGCCAGAAGGGAAUCGAGCAGCUCCUUCCCGUCGAUGGAUUAGGGUUUUAAUGCUUCUUCUACAUCAAUUCAAUUCAAUUCAUUUCAGGAGUUUACUCUUAUUUCACUUGCUGAAAAUUUGGUCGUUAGGCUUGGAUAUGGAUUUAGAGACGGAGAAUAGAAUAGCUGCCAUUCUUUUGAAGGAGGCGGCAGAAUUACGUCGGCAAGCUCAGAGGGAAGGUGCUCUUGCCUAUCUUGGCAAGCCAACUGUAAGGAGUAGGCCUAACUCUCGCUUCCUUACAGCAACUGUCCGUGGAGUACAACAAGCCAAUCGUGCCGUGGAAGUAAAUGAGAUGUGGCGACUGAGGGAGAAACAAAUAGAGCUCGACAACAGGCUUAAAGGAAGCAGAGAUAUUUCAAAAUCUCAUAGGGAUAGUAACCAUAGGGACAACAAUGACUCGGAAAGGAGUGGCGCAAGCACUUCUAUUUCAUCGAAAAAAAGAGAUGUUCCAGAUUUCCGUACAAUUGAGGAUGGAGGGUUGGGAGACGACGAAGUUGAGGAAUUUCUACUGUCAAGAACAAAGAGAGGGAGGGGCGCAGUUGGAUCGAGGAUGGAUGAAACAGGUCCGUACCUUUCGAUUCCUCGUGAUUCUGAAAUAAAUGCAUCGGACGAGGAGGUGAGAAGACCUCGGGUUUUACUUGGGCCGGAGAAGCCUCGAAUGUUAGAAUCUAGGGAAUGGUCGGAGGAUGAAUGUAGCCGAGAUGAGAGAAAAAGCGCGAAGGCGCAUUCGAGCAAACGGCACUUGAAGAAGCACAAGAAAUCGGAGGAGAAGAAGAAGAGAAAGAAGAAGAAAGGGAAACAUAGGAAGCGUGAUGAAUCAAGUGUUUGAUUGAUCGAUCAAUGGUUUCUCAGUAGAAAUGUUUGAAUGUUUUUCUUCUUUUUUUUUCUUUUUUUUUUUUUUUUUUUAAUUGUUGUGCUUUUUAGUUUUGUUGAUUCUUUUUAGCUAAAAUGGUAUAAUUAGUUGUGAC